CGAUCUUUUACUCUGAUGAACGUUUAGUCUCCUCCUGGUUUGAGGGACUGCCAGUGAGCCUGGCGGGAAGUUUGUCUCAAAUAUAAGCAGGAGCUACAGCAAGAGAGGGGCAACCAUGAGCACAACACAUCUGAGUGAAUGGCAGAAGAGGUCCUUUGACAUUUCCUCUGGCACCUGCACACCUGAACAGAAGGCGGAUGCCUACCGUGCGCAUAUUCUAGACAUUCAGUAUGCAUGGGCAAACGCGGACAUCUCUGAGGCCUGUGCUGGGAGCUUAUUCAGGAAGUACACAGAGCAGUAUUCUGCAGUUGUCGAUUCUGACAGUCCACAGACAGGACUGAACAACUAUGCUGACAGCGUCUUGCAUCUGGCCAGAUGUCAGAGGAAUGACAGUGACAAGUGGGAGUCAUCCUUUACAGCGGAGAGCGUGUUAAAGCUAAAAUGUGUGCAAAGCAUGAUUCAAGCUGGAACUGAAAGGAGGAAAUCUCUGGUGGCACCUGCUAAUGCGAACAUGAUGGUUGGGGAUGGGGUUGCUGAUGAGGUGAACAAAGGUUACCCUAAAUGUGCUCUUCUUGCUAUUAGUAGUACUGGAGGCCUGGUUUUAAGACCCAAAGAUGUUCCUUUAGCCUGCAAUACUCAAAUAAACAGCUCUGAGAUGGCUCCCAAGCCAUAUGCUACAGCACCAAGUAACAUAAAUCCUGGUUCCUCCUGUGCUUCUUCCUCAUUUAAUAACCAGGCUCCUUUUGCUCCUCUUUUUGGUUACUCGGAAAAGCUUGGUGCCAAUCCAGCAGCAAGUUUGGGGCCCCUUCCACCAGCAAAACAUUUUUCAGCAGGUGGGAGUCAUUCUUACAAUACCCAGUCAGCCUUCUUGUCUUCAAAUUCUGCAAAAAGGAAGAUGUACAGCACGAGCAAUGAAAACAGUUGGGGAUUAUUCCCUGGAUAUGGACAACAUCAGCAAAGAGAACAAGAUACUCAAAGCAGUUCUGGCAAGGGAGAGUGUACAGAAGAAAGCCGUGCGACCAGCUUCAAAACAGCUAAGGAGCAAAUGUUUGUGAACCAGCAAAAAAAAUACAACAACCAGCCCCAGCGAGCACAUCCUGUGUCCCACCCAACUGGGGUCAAAAAGUCCCUGGGUGCCAACAGAUCUCGUGGUGCUUUUGGAAAGUUUGUGUCACCUAUGCCAAGGCAGGAGGAGGACAGCCAUGCAGGGGUGAUGUCUAGCAGAGUGUCUGACUCUGAAAAUGCACAUCCUGUGGAUGAGCGACUCAAGAACUUCGAACCAAAAAUUAUUGAACUUAUCAUGAGUGAGAUCAUGGACCAUGGACCCCCUAUCAGCUGGGAUGACAUUGCUGGACUGGACUUUGCCAAAACCACAAUCAAGGAGAUUGUGGUGUGGCCCAUGCUGCGGCCAGACAUCUUCACAGGGCUCAGAGGGCCUCCGAAGGGGAUACUCCUCUUCGGACCUCCUGGGACAGGCAAAACACUGAUUGGCAAAUGCAUUGCGUGCCAGUCUGGAGCCACCUUCUUCAGUAUCAGCGCUUCCUCUCUAACAUCAAAAUGGGUGGGUGAAGGAGAGAAGAUGGUACGGGCACUGUUUGCCAUUGCCCGCUGCCACCAGCCUGCUGUCAUUUUCAUUGAUGAGAUUGACUCUUUGCUGUCCCAGAGAGUGGAUGGUGAGCAUGACUCCUCCCGUAGAAUUAAGACUGAGUUCCUGGUGCAGCUCGACGGGGCCAGUACCUCUGCUGACGAACGUAUCCUAGUGGUGGGGGCCACCAAUCGUCCCCAGGAGAUUGAUGAGGCUGCUCGAAGGAGACUUGCCAAGAGGCUUUACAUCCCUCUGCCUGUUGCCUUGGCCAGAAAGCAGAUAGUUGUAAACCUGAUGUCACGGGAGAAUUGUGAACUCACUGAGGAGGAGCUAGAGCUAGUCAUCCAAAGCUCUGAAGGCUUCUCUGGGGCAGACAUGACCCAGUUGUGUCGGGAGGCUGCUCUUGGUCCUAUCCGCAGCAUUCAGAUUACAGACAUUGCCACAAUUACACCAGACCAGGUUCGCCCCAUCCUCUACUCAGACUUCCAGGAGGCUCUCAAAACUGUGCGCCCCAGUGUCUCUUCCAAAGACUUAGAGCUGUAUGAGGAAUGGAAUAAAACAUUUGGCUGUGGCCGCUGAUCCAACAGCAUGUAGCCUUCUUCUUUGUGGUUGUGUUCCACAAACUUCUAAUGAUUAUUGUAUAAUGAUAAUAAAAUAAAUAAUAAUAGCCUUAUGGUAUAGCAGUGUUUUAGUUUGGGAAUUUUUAAAUGGGUAUGUCUUGUGUGCUAUUUGCACUUUAAUAAUUUUCAAUGUGUUUUUUUUUUUACAAAAAGUUAUGUAUAAAACAUUUUCACAAUACUGAGUUGUUCUCGGGUAGUUGCUGAUAUACACCUCAGACUAAAACAAAGGUACCUUAUUUAAUAUGAAUUCUACAGAUUAAAUGCAAUCACUUUUUUUCAGUAAAUGAAAAGUGAAAGUUUUUAAUUGCCUCCAAGAUGCUCCACUUUAUUCUCUGAAAAACUGUUUUAAUAUCGUGCCAAAUUAACAAGAUAUUUCUUUGUAUUAAUGAAAAUAACUCAAUGUCAAUCUUGUAGAAUACUGCAUUACAAAUUUUACCACUUCAGACCUGUAAUAAAGUUUUUGAUUAAAAGCAA